AACCAGAAACACGGCAAGGAAAGUUCUAGUUUAGCAGGUUCUGAAAAAGAAAAAUGGUUUUUCCAAAACUAGGUAUCAUCAUCACUGCUGCACUAGCAUUAGUCCCUUUGCUUUUCAUCAAUGAAUCUGAUGGUGCUUCUUAUUACCCUUCUGGUUUACAUGCUGAUAUUGCUGAGAUUGCACCCUUUGCUUCUCAGAAAGUUAACCUUUCAGUGUACUAUGCAAGCCUAAGCCAACCUUGUGCAACUUUCAUUGUUAAGAAUCUUGAGGAAAUUUUCCACAGCGAUCUCAUCAACAUUGUCAACCUCCAGCUAGUUCCUUGGGCCAAUGCUUAUGUUGAUAAGACUAACCAUUCCAUAGUAUGUCAGAAUGGCCCUGAUGAAUGCGAGCUAAAUUCAUUGGAAGCAUGUGCUCUCAAUGUUUUGAAUGAUGUGAACAAACAUUAUGCUUUGAUUUACUGCUUUGAGUUUCUGGCAAUUGAGGGAAGACACAAGAAUUGGCAGGACUGUUUCAGCCAAUUGGACUUGCCCGAGGAACCUAUUCUGAGCUGCUAUAACAGAGGAAAUGGAACAGAGCUUGGACAAAAAUCUAUUAAUGAAACAGCUCUCCUUUACGCACCCCACGAAUUUCUGCCUUGGGUGAUGGUAAACAAUCAAUCUAUUGGAAAGGAAUAUGAAAACUUUACACGUUAUGUUUGUGAGGCUUAUAAAGGCAUUACGGCUCCAGCAGCAUGCAACCUUCAUUAGGAAUUGAUGAAGUCCAAAUAAACUAUAAAGUGUGUAUAUUCGCCAUGCAUGGCAUUAUAAACCUUGUAGAACAACUUAUAUUUACAGCAGUCAUCAAGGCAGUGAUAAGCCACCUUAUAUAUAUGUACAUGAUUCACAAAAGAAAAAAAAAAAAAAGCAAAUACCCAAAUAAUUUUAAUACAUACGUUGCUAUAUGAACGUUUUAUGUUAUGAGUA